UCCUUUGAGAGCUUCACGAUUUCAAAGACCCCAGCAUGCAGGAAUGACGGACGACGUCACCCACUGUAAACAGACAACAUCCCUCCUCCCCAGAUACUAUCUGCUACAUUCCUGAUAGACGAGGAAUGAGCAAUGCGGUACUCACAGUGGUUCAGAAGCAUGCAAAUCCCCUCCCUGAGCUGCUUAUCCACCAUGCACUGUCCCUAAAGCAUCCCAAGUUUAUUCGGUCCGUCGUGGUGGUGAAAUUUGGCUGGUUUUUAGGUAUAAAUUGUGGUCACGCUCGUACCGAUAUUUUGCACAUUUAUACAAUCUCCGUAUUGCUACGGGCGCCUUCCUUUGUAUCGGCGCUUACUGAUAUGCCGUCCAUCAAUGUCGGCACACCAAUUGUCUAAGCCGGCGAUUCACCCCGCGACCUUCGCCCCGAUGCUGGCGACAUAUUCUCUCCUUUCUUAGACGUCAAGCGCAUAAAAGCGCAAAACUAUAGAAAGGAAGUUAACGAAAGAGGAACUUGCUUAAUUUGUAUCGAAAUCAAAAAUCGCUGUGUCCACCCGACAAAACAAUGACCAAGUCGAUAUAUACCCGUGUGCUCGAAUGGCGCCGCCCAUCCUCCACAUACAUGGGUUAGCAUGACUGUCAUGAAAGGAGGUUCCAAGAGCGUAUUGCCGCGUCGCAGACGGAAAGCGGAUCCAAUGACCCAACGUUCCAUCGCCGCUCGAUCCAGGAAUAGAGCUCCAUGUGCAGGAUGUAAGCGCAGUAGGCAGAAGUGCUCCGGUGGACCUCCCGAAGUCUGUUCUCAAUGUGCAAUAAAACAUAUUGCUUGCGAGCCAGGAAAGCCGCUGGUCGCACGGCCCACUGUUAUCGUAUGAAUUCCCGAGUCUCACUUCCCUACAGACAUCUGAGAACACUUCCACUGGACACAGACGGCUAGCUUUAUUUUCGAAGAUGGGAAAAGGUAAGACAUCGUUUACUGGUCGUUGGCGAAUUGUUUACUCUGUCACGAUACAGCUCCACGCGUACUCGCCACCGGAGCAACACCAUUCAAUCUGUGGCCUCUACUGUUAUCAGUCCUUUAGAUGAAGCGACUACAGUUUUAUCUCCGACGUCUCCUGCGGGUCCACUCCCGUCCAAUUCUAUGUUCCACGACUGCGGAUCAUCAACUACUCAAUUGUCUGCGAGUUUGAGCUUAAUAAAUUUACGUGAAGGCGAGGCAGCCUCGAGCUCCGACAAUUCUAUUGCUGCAGCAGGGAGCUCUAAAUAUCGGAGCCAACAAUCUUCCCUGGACGAUCAAGCACCUGUUACCAGGAAUAUGGCGCGUACGCACACUGGGCCAUCUGUGUCCACAUUGAUCCUGACAACUGAAGUUCACCAGAGUGGCCAGUAUGAUGAACCCACUGAGUAUUCACACAUGCAGCAGCCUACCCCUCGAGGAACGUACAAUCAACCUGUCCCAGGAUCCUUGGCUGCUGUUAACACAACCAUGGCUAAUGGCUUGGAUAUUGGAUCCGCAUUAUAUGGGAGUAACGUUCUGCCCGACAAUUUUAGUCCAGAGUCCUUCGAGUUUGACGUUGCAAACUUAUCCUAUCGAGACACAAGUUCCUUUCUCGAUCUCAUGAGAGAUGGUUUUGCUGAACAAGGCUUCGAUUUUUCACUAUUUGAAGGCUUAUAGAUUAUGCACCGAGGAGAUCUAUGCUAAAAAGAUCCAAUGUAGCCUGUAUCUGUUAUCCAAUCGGUUUGUUUACAGAAAGUGUUACUAUAUUCAAUGUAUUUGUAUGAGGCAUCCACAGAACAGG